AAACAUCAUUCUUCUAAAAAUGCAUGUUUAUACGUUCUUGAUCAUGGUGUUAAAAUCAUAUCCUCGUAACUAUCUCAACUUUCAGUUUUCAUCCGGAAUAUCCACGCUGCAAAACCAUUCAACUCUAACAUAAUUUUUCUGACCAGUACUAUCCGGACUGUGCUUGCAUGGCGGCGCGCUGUGGUUGUGCGUGUGGGCGGCGCGGUGCAUGUGCGUGGAUCUGACAAUCGAAUGAUAAGAUGGAUAAGGAGAAUGAGCUGCCGAAGAGAUAUUUUCCCAACGCGUAUUCUGAUUAUCAUGGAACGCAAGUCAUCCUAUACGACUGGAAGCCUCGUAUAAAGGAGUUUGUCAAGAUCAUUACGACGCGGCAAUCCGUAACCCUCCGGGACUGUGAUGGUGGCCUUUAUGUGGGUUUGUCAGGGAUUUCUUAUGUGUUUUGGUACCUGGCGCACUCACCUCACUUCACAGCUGAGAGGGUAGAGUAUUUGAAACAUGCUCAGAGCUUGAUGCAGAUUGCUCUCCAGCAUGCACAGGCUCCAGAAGUUCAGUUUGACCCCACCAUGAAGGCUGGGUUUCUUCUUGGUAAUGCAGGGGUAUAUGCUGUGGCAUCAUCACUAUAUGCAGCACUGGGUGACCAAGAGCUAUGUCACAAGUACCUGCAGUCUUAUGCGGCAGCUGCCACCCACUGCCAGCCGAUCCACUUCCUGCGCUGCGGCGGCGACGAGCUGUUUGUGGGGCGCGCAGGCUUCAUCUGUGGGGCCCUGUGGCUCCGCAAGACCCUCAGCGUCGACAUCCUGCCUCAGGAGCGGAUGUUCUCGCUGUGCGACGCCAUCAUCCAGUCAGGCCGCGAGUAUUCGCUUCGUCAGCGGUCGCCCGUGCCGCUCAUGUACGCCUACUACGACACCGAGUACCUAGGCGCGGCGCACGGCAUCAGCGCCAUCCUGCAGAUGCUGAUGUCGGUCCCAGACUACCUGCUGUCGCGGCCGGACGUGUCGCGCGACGUCAAGACGACGCUCGACUUCCUGACCAGCCUGCAGCAGCCCAACGGCAACUACCCAUGCGCCAUGGACGAACUGGGCGGCCGGCGACCAGAGCCCGAGGAGCUCAUCCACUGGUGUCAUGGAGCGCCAGGUGUGGUGUACAUGCUUGCCAAAGCAUACCUGGUGUUCAAGGAGGACAAGUACCUGCACGCAUGCCUCAAGUGUGGAGAGAUCACAUGGCAGAAGGGACUUCUGCGGAAAGGACCCGGCAUCUGCCACGGCGUGUCGGGCAGCGGCUACGUGUUCCUGCUGCUGUACCGGCUGACGGGCGACCAGCGGCACCUGCACCGCGCCCAGCAGUUCGCCUCCUUCAUCUUCACCGAGCAGUUCCACCGGCACUCGCGCCAGCCAGACUGCCCGUACUCGCUGUUCGAGGGUCUGGCCGGCACCGUUUGCUUCUUGGCCGACCUCAUGCAGCCCGAGAAGGCAUCGUUCCCCUUCUUCGACAUCUUCAGCUAGGCGGCCGGCCGCCGGCCGGGCGACUCAGCAGGGAUGGUGGUCGCGCCUCGUGCGGAUGCAUUCCAGUGACGAUGGACGUGGGGUAACAGUGUCGCGCGGACCGAGGGGGCCGAGGGACGCACAGCGACGGCGGCCUAGUCAGCGGGCUGGGCGGCACCGUUCUCCUCAUCAAGUGCCAGAAUACGCGCGAGGCAGUGUCUAUUUUCGUACAAUAGCGGGCGCGAGCUCGCGCUAGUUCGGCUCGUCCGUUGUACCAGAUUACUCACGUUUAGUGACCCAUUGUUACGAAUGUGCGAUCGAGAUCACACUAUAUGGGCUUGUUGCUGCAGUGCUCUGAACCUUCAACUACAUCCGUACUCUACCUUCGGCUCUUAAUAAACCUGUAUUUUUAUUAACAUGCUA